AUGGCAACUUCACUUCAUCCUGAGGCGACGCGUGCCUCUUCUUCGGAUUCAACGAAUAGUGUCAUCACCGUCGACGCCUCCCCAAACACGCAAUCUUCAUCUUCGACGCCUCCAACAAGCAUCGGUGAUAGUGUCAGUGAAUCGUCUACCGUGGUGAAGCUUGAAGACGCCCUGACAACUCAAGCGCAACCGUCUGGUGGACGCAGCCGUCGGGCGCGCGCCAGUGUCGGCACAUAUAAUGUUAAGGUCUUGAGCGGCACGGCCAUACACGCCCCUAAGAAAUACAGCAGGAACAACGGAGAGGCAGAUACACAGACGCGUCGUAGGACAAUCUCAGGGGAUACAUUAGUCGGGGCGCUGGAAUUGUCCAAUUCCUCAACUGAGACGUUCCAGAAGAACGCGAACCAGCUAGUCCAUGACGGAAUCGAUGCACUGGACCUGGAGUGGUCUGUAAAGAAACUACCAAAGUCGAGAAGCCAAAUCAGUUUAGGCAGCAGCCCGAAGAGGACUACCAAACAGAAGGAUCUGGCUCGGCGGAAAUCGACGCGUUCAGCGGGCGAUAAGGUGGAGAACUUCACCAAGAAGCUUAGUGUUCUAGGGAAGAGAGGACGGGAGAAUUUUGAAAGCGGGUUGGCAAAGGCAAAGAGGGAACUCAGAAACUUGGCAGACACAAACGAAUACGCUAAGAUCGACUUGAAACCUGUUGUGCUUGAAGUCUGGAGUAGAGGCAAAUUGGUCACGCAAGAGCCGCCGAAGAAGAAGAAGAAGAAAGAAGAAGAAGAAGUGACGGCCCCGAAGGUAGAAGAGACGAAGCAAGUGGAUAAGAAGAAGGCUGGCGGGAGAAAAGAGAAGGUCUGGCUGACCAAGGGAUUAUAUGCUGGGCAAGAGGGGACAAACUUUGAUUACUGGUCCUCUAAUAAAGGGAAAGAGAGAGAGCGGCUGCAAGACAUUGCACCAUACCGGCCCAAUGGUAUUCUUCCAAUGCCAAUGUGGCAUGGCCAACGACUGUUGCAGAUUGGAAGAGAUUUUAAGUUGCCUUUCGAUGUCUGCUCACCCUUACCACCAGGACAGCCCAAACCAGAUGAGUGGCGGAAAACAUCAAGCAAUCGAUUCGUUGGUGAGGCUGCUGCGAUGUGGAAAAAAUCUUCCCUCUUCGACAGUUUCUCUUCAAAAUGUGUCUGCACACCAGAAGUUGGAUGUGAUGAUAAUUGCCAAAACCGAAUCAUGCUUUACGAAUGCGAUGAUACGAAUUGCGCAGCUGGUCGUGAACAUUGCUCCAAUCGAGCUUUCGCCGACUUGCAAGAACGUCGAAGAGGUGGCGGCAAGUACAGAAUUGGAGUCGAAGUAAUCAAGACUGCUGAUCGUGGCUAUGGCGUUCGAAGUAAUCGGUGCUUUGAGCCCCAUCAGAUCAUUGUUGAGUAUACCGGAGAGAUUAUCACGGAGGAGGAGUGUGAUCGACGUAUGAAUGAAGAUUAUAAGGACAACGACUGUUAUUACCUGAUGUCUUUUGACCAAAAUAUGAUCAUCGAUGCUACGAAAGGUAGCAUUGCUCGCUUCGUCAAUCACUCCUGCAACCCCAAUUGCAGAAUGGUGAAAUGGAUUGUCGGUGGAAAACCACGCAUGGCUCUGUUCGCUGGUGAUAAACCGAUUAUGACUGGGGAUGAGUUGACAUACGACUAUAACUUCGAUCCUUUCUCUGCUAAGAACGUCCAGGAGUGCCGAUGUGGGAGCGACAAUUGUCGCGGUGUACUUGGGCCAAGACCGAAAGAUCAGAAAGUGGUGAAAGAGAGUAUCAAAGAGGCUGUCAAAGCAGGGGUCAAAGCCGGAAAGAGGAAGCUGAAGGAACUGUUGGGUGGAGAAAAUGAGGACAGUGAUGAAAAGACCCCGAGCCCGAAAAAGAGGAAGACGAAGGACGCGAAGGGCAUCAAGAGAUCUACAUCAUCCGUUAACAUGAAAGUAGCUAAAGAUGCAGCCAAGGCCAUCAAGAAAAGCGUCUCAGCUCGAGUCCUCAACGCACGCCAGGCUGCCACCUCAAGGCGAGUGGCCAAAAAGGUGACAAAGACGUCAAAGACGACAAAACCGAGGAUCGUGAAGACUUACGGCAAGCGUCAGACCAAGUUGUCGUCUAGAAAUUCAAGCUUGACCCUUGUGGAAGGGGAUAAGAGCCCUCGAAAUGGAGCCCGUUCAGGGAGAAAGAGUAUGGCAAAAAAUGUGGCUAAAAGUAUGCGUGGAGGCAGAGCGCGCACCGCGCCAAAAGCCACCGGCGGGGGCACGAUCAGGGUAGUCACUGGUAAUGAGGAUUAG